AAUCUUUCUUUCCCUCUCUCUCUCUGUGUCUCUCUCUCUCUGAUUUACUGUACACAUUUUAGUAACCCUUUUUAUUCUGUAUAUAUACCCCCACACAUGCAACUCUGCUCUUACAUUGCAUUACAUACGCUUCUUCAUUUCUCUUUCCUCAUCUCUCUCUCUCUCGUUUCUUCUAGCAUGGCAGAGCUAGAGUACCAAGCUAAUACUAAAACCAACGGCGCCACUGCACGAUUAAAGCUCUUCGGCUUCAGUGUCUCAGAAGACGACGAUGUUUCAGACUCUAGCACCACCACCAAAGCUCCAUCUUCAGGGUCACCAGAGCCAGGUGGAUUCCCUGCUCCUGGUGACCGCAAAUACGAGUGUCAGUAUUGUUGCCGUGAGUUUGCCAACUCUCAAGCCUUAGGUGGUCACCAGAACGCUCAUAAGAAGGAAAGGCAACAACUAAAGCGUGCUCAGCUUCAAGCCACUCGCAGCGCGGCCGUUUCAAUUUCUAGAAAUCCUAUGAUCUCUGCUUUUGCUCCUCCCCCGCAUCUCUUAGCGUCAGCUACACCCGUUGUACUGCCAGCUGCGGCGGGGCCAUCGUGGGUUUACUUGCCACGAGGAGGGCCACCACCUUUCCACGUCUCACAUGGGUGUGUGAUUCCGACUGGUGCAGGUGGCGGCGGCGGUGGUGGAGUGGGGAGGGGGCUAGGGGCCUUACCUUAUGGCGGUGGGGUUGUGGGGGAUUCGGGCUUAGUAGUUGGCCCGCAAGUGAUGCAAAGUAGGGCCCACCAUGGACGGGACGUAGAUGGGCCCUCGUUGAGUAGGUUCUCAAAGGGAGACGGCGGGCCCAGUUUUGACGAUGCACUGGGCUUGGAUUUGCAUCUUAGUCUUGCUCCAGCCGGGCCAUGACUUGGGCUUUCGGUGUGGGGGAAUCUUCUUUGUACAUUUUCAACAAAUUUAUUUAUUUAUUUAUUUUUCUACGAGGAAAUUAUUUGUUUCACUUGCACAUACUUUUUUCCUUUAUUUUCUUAACUUAUAAUUCAGUUAAUUUUCCUCACCAAUUCUCAAUUUUUGUGUUAAUAUCUAACUUUAGAAUCAAAAGUUUAGUGUAUGUAAUUUUUCUGUUUUUUCGGCACUAUGACUUUUCUUUAUGUAUUAGCAAAUUGAAAGUCGAAACCCCACAAGCGAGAAACGAGAUCCUAGGUGAAAGGGGAGUGAAGAAGUGAUGGAGGAAUGACAACCCUAUGGAAAAACUGGGACCUUUCAUUACAAUAUGAAGUGAAAUGUGAUUUCAUCUAAUGAAACGCACUCUACUGCCUUGUUACUUGCCUGGUGGCUGUGGAAAGAUGUACUUGGAAGGCAUUCGGUAGAGGUGGGGGAAAAGGGUACUGAAAUAUUGGACGGUUUAUUACCAGGCAGCUGUUUCUGGUAUUAUUGGUCUGUUACCUUUCGGAAACCUUAAUUUUCACCAUCAGGAAUGUCCCGAAAACAAAGUUAAUUAGCCAGAAUUCCUCCCCAAUGUCCUGAGCAGCUGGCUUGAUGCUGGAGAUUAUGACAAUUGAUGAAGCAGGCUCUCGGAGUUUUUUUGGAAAUUCUAGUUUAAUGCUUUGUUUUCCCUCGUGAUCCCAUAAUUAUGACCCUGUUGGUAGGCAAUUGACGGAUUGAUAUGCAGAACCAAUCAGCAUAAAAAUCUUACUUUUCAGAUUUAGAUCAAUCAUGUUAAAAAAAAAACCACUCUGAUAGCCUGUAACACAAUGGUUUGCCAAUAAGAAAUAGAAAUUGAGGUGGAGUCGAAGUUU